AUGUUAAAUAAAAAUUUAUAUGUAUAUAUUACAAAUGAAUCAUUAAAUGAAUUGAAAUUAGAAUUGGAAAAUAGAUUAAAAAAUGAUGUUAAAGAAUCAUUUAAAGAUGGUAAAUAUGAUAAUAAUAAAUGGCCAUUUCAAUUAAAUAUACAAAAAUUUAAUUCAUUAUUCAAUCCAAAUAAUUAUUCCAAUACACAUGACCGAACUGGUACUAGUUCACAAGUCGAUGGUACAAAUUCACAAGUUGACUCAACUCAAGUGGAUUCUAUUACACAAUUGGAUUCUAUUACACAAUCUUAUGUUACUAACACCGAUAUGGGAAAAUUAUUUUAUCAUGAAUAUAAAAGUAUAAUAAAACAAUUAAAAUUAAUUGAUAUAAAUAUAACAUUUCGUUUAUAUCCACUUUUUCGUAAAUUAUUAAUAAUUAUCGAAGGUUACAUUUAUUAUUUAUUAAAUCAAAAUAAUAUUAAUAAAAAUAAUAAAAAUAAUAAUUUUAAUAAAAAUAAUUUGAAUAAAAAUUUUAUUAAUAAUUUGAAUGGAAAUAUAAUAAAUAUAAUUGAUUUAAUAAUGGAAAAUGAUAUAUUUUGUUGUAUAUUAGAUUCAUAUUAUAAUGAAUAUGAAAUAAUAUUAUCAAAAAAUAUAAUAAAAAAUUUAUUAUUUAAUGAAUUUAAUAUAGAAAUUUUAUUAGAAUCUUUUGAAACCAUUUCUAAUAUUAUUAUUAAUAGUAUUAAUAAUAUUAAUUUUGAUAAUGAAUUAUUAAUGAAUUUUAUAUUAUUUAAUAAUUUACAACGUAAUUUUUCUCUAUUUUUUCUAUACCAUUUUUCUAAUCCAAUUAAUAAUACUAUGGGGGAUAGUAUGGAUAUGGAAAAUACUAUGGAAAAUAUGGAUAUGGAAAAUACUAUGGUUAAUAUGGAUAUGGAAAAUAUGGAUAUGGAAAUGGAAAAUAGAAUAAUAAAAUUAAUGAAUAGAAUAAUUGGAAAUGGUGAAAUAAUGAGUAAAAAUAAUUUAGAAAAUUGGUUAAAUAUAUUUUUUUUACCAAUUUAUGAUAUAUUAACAUUAUCAAUUACAUUAAAUAAUACAUUAAAUAAUACAUUAAAUAAUACAUUAAAUAAUACAUUAAAUAAUACAUUAAAUAAUACAUUAAAUAAUACAUUAAAUAAUAAAUUGAAUAAUAAAUUAAAUAAUAAAUUGAAUAAUAAUAUUACAUCAUUAUUUUAUUCAUUAAUUGAUUCGAUUAAUACUAUUGAAUUAUUUAUUACACUUGAUUUUAAUCGUUUAUUAUUUAAUUUAUCAAAUUAUUUAUCAUUUUUUAUUAUUAAUUUAAAUAAAUUCUUAUCAAUUUCUAAUCAACAAUUUAAUAUCUUAUACCAUCAAAUAUAUCCUUCUAAUCCAUCAGUGGUUACUGUAACUCCUCUGGAUCCACAGGAUCCAGUCAGUACAGUAACUCGACAGGAUCCACUAACUCGUCAGGAUCCAGUAAGUAUAUUAAUUGGACAGGAUCCUUCGGAUCAGAUGAUAGUACAGGAUGAUCACAAUGGAUUGAAAAAAAUUAUAAAAGAAUAUUUAAAAUUAUAUAAUAUAAUAAUAUCAUUAAUAAGUAAAUUAAUAAAAUUACCAAUAGAAAAUACAAUAGAAUUAUAUAAUUUUAUAGAAUCUCUAAAUGAUAUAAUAAUUGUUAAUGUCAAAUUAAUAAUAAUAUUAGAUUCUAUAGAAUAUUUAAUAAGAAAAAAACCAAAUUUGGAAUUAAAUUAUUUAAAAGAUACUAUAACAAAUUCAUGGAAUCUUUCUGUUAUGAUAUUUAAUAAUUUACCAUUUAGAAUUAUUAAUGCUUUAUUUUAUUUUAUUGGUAGUAUAUUUAAUGGGAAUUUAUUAGGACAAAUUUAUCUAUUCAAUAGUAUCGAUUUUAAACGUUUAAAUUUACAAGAUUUUAUUAAAUAUAUUAAAAUGUUACAACAUAUUUUAUUAUACAAUAGGGAUAUAUUUACAAGUCCAAUAACAUUUCAAAAUGUAAGUGAUAGGGUGAUAGGGAGUUAG